CUCCGAGUACACCAACAAUCCACCAAUACUUCAUCGACGGUCCAGCGACGCCAGCGGCGCCUCCUCCAACACUCCGAGGUGUAGCACGGCAUCAUACACGUUUGAUUCAAGCUUCACCUAGACCUAGGACGGUAAUGGAGGCGAACCCGGGGACACCCUCGCACACCCAGGCAAACCCAGGCAAGAGUGAUCUUCGACGAUAUCCCCAAUAUGUCCAGAGUAUGGAGUACUUGACGCAUAGUACUCUACACCUACCCAAACAUAUCGCACCGAGACAUUUCUCUCCACACAGACACAGGGAACUAAGGCGCGGAUAGGGAACAGGAUUGAAGAUACAAACCCCACUCAACCCACUUCCCCCUUCUUGGGCUCUCCACCACUCCACUCCGGCUCGGGGAGACGCUCGGCCAUCCUGGAGAAACAUUACGAAACAAAAGAUUGGCCGAAUCGGAGUACCCUCUGCCGCUUGGAUCGGUUUGUUCCGCCGUUAUCGUCGGCGUCACUGUGAUCGCGAAUUGGAAAAAGGUGGCAAAAUUGCUGGCCUGUCUGCCGUGCUUCUUGUCUCCUUAAAAAUCACCAAGCCGCCGACAGCAUUUGUACGCCCGAGGAAGGGACUGGCCGUGCUGGUCACAUUGCACUGACAACUUAGUAAGUAAUAUGCCAUCCAUACAAAGGAUGAUAUUGCAGGCCCAUACCUUGCUUUGCCAUGCCGCGCCACGCAAUGCCAUGCAAGGCUCUCGGCGCUGGUGACCGCUCACUCCCUCAUGAAUCCCAUAUCGCACCCGCCGGGUCCAAAGUAUUUCCCCGAUACCAGGGACCAGCCCGAAUGCCACCGGGAGGCUUGGAAUGCUGCAAGGUCGUAUAUGCAGUGUGCCUGCGCUCGGUCUACUUUCGAGAGUAUUCCGUUGAGAAGCUACAUGAUCCAUACAUGCAAACAGGCAAUAGUCUGCUCUGCACAAUUUGUAUUGUUUUGUACUUUUGAAGGAGGCUUGCACAUCCAUCUGUCACUCUCAAAUUCGUGGGUACAGAUCGGUUAAGAUAAGAUUAGAUUAGAUCUGGGCGGGCACCAGAUCCAAGGCUUCAAAUACGCACACCCACGUAACCUGGCACGUACUGCGGCUAGAGAACGCCAUGAGCCGCAACCCUUAACCACCUCAACCUCGCUAUUUAUAAAGCUGGCCUUUAUUUAACGAAAUAUACCCCCAUCGGCGAUACUCGUACAGCUUCUACCCUGACCAUGGCGGCCUACACCCCCUCAAACGACAUCCCAUCAUACGCGGACCACCGUGCCUCGGGAUCUUUCGAUCCCAACGUCCCGCCAAAGCCACCGCCAAAGCCACGCAGCGAAGACGUGAGCCGGCAAAGUACGCCUGUGCUGUCACAAUUCCCCCAUCAACCGUCCCCGCUGGGGGCCAAACCGUCCCCUCCGACGCCCGAACGGCCACUUUACGCCGAACAAGUCGGCCCUCAAGGUGCUCCACAAGCCAUCCCAGACCCAGGGCCUAACUGGCUGCCAAAGAUCCUAGAAGACAAAUCUAUUCAAGAUCUCGAAGAGAUUCUCCGUAAGCCCGAGCUGCUCUCAGCGACAUGUCACUCCCGCGAUACCGCGCACCCCUCCACCUCUGCCUCGGACGAAUCACUACAAGCUGCCCUGCGCGAGAACAUAGCCCUAGCAUCUCAUCUAAACGACGUCGAGGCCCGUCUAUCGCAUCUGCAGGCCUCAACACAAGCACAGCUCCUCUCCGCUCAUGCACUGGAACGUCAAUGGCGGCAGAAGCAAUCAGAUAUGGACCGAGCGCUCUCCCCAUUCUCGCCAUCAUCCCUGUACCAGCGCCUGGGCUCCGGCGUGCAGGACCAGGAGAUGGUGUGCCAGGCGCUGGAAGAAAGCUUCCUGGAAGGCGAUGGCGCCGUCGCUACGGAGCGCGAGAUCACGGAGUGGGUGCGCCGCUAUCGCGACGCGAGACGCCUCUACUACUCGCGCAGGGAGAGGAAGGAGAGGUGGGAUGAGGGGAGGGUUGGGGGUUGGCGAUAAGGCGUCCAGUCAGUCCAGCUACUGGAGGAAAGGAAGAAAGAGACGCAGCCAGUCGGCCCGUUUGGGACGCUCAGGUGAGCAUAUCUGCAACAGACUACUACGCUACGGACGCCGGGUUGGCGCGGCUUCUUAUUACCUGCGUCCGCUCCUAGCUCUAAUUUGAUGGCCGGCCUUAACACUCUAUUUCGAGACGGGGAGCCCGUUCGAGUCACCCGUUUCGUAGGCUCGUGAGGCCUGUACUGUAGGUGAUGUCGUCGCUUUGUGUGGGAGCUGGCGGUGACGACGGCGCGCUCGCGAUGCAUGAUGCAAGGCAGGCGCUCUAGAGAAGACAGGCUAUAUUGGGCAAACGCAACCCAAAGCUGGGGGGGAUAUGGCGAUGUUACACACGUUAUUGGAUAAAUAGGUCACGACGGAAGCAAGCCGACGGAAACUCAACGGCGAGCGACAGGCGGAGACAAAUAUAAUCACACCCCCAAGAGGGGCGAUCAUCCCAAUUAGACUUCUCGUCCGUGAGAUCUGCCGACGUUAAUGGCUGUGUUCCAAGGCACACCUUUAGCAUCUCCGGUGUCAAUGACUGCCUUCUUGGCUAUAUCGACCUCGUAUUACUACAUGAAAUAACCAUCGAUCACCAUCGCGCGAACUGCAUAUUUUUCGUUUCAAACAGAGCAACCAGCCAGCCAUAAAUCGUAGAUUUAGUUUUAGCACAGCUCAUUUUGGCGUAUUUACCGGCCUUCCAAGUUCGGCAGUUGGUCAGUGUUAGCUUGUUUGUUUUGAAACGUUCCUCCCUGUUCUCCUCCGCUGCGCCGCUACUGGCGACGAUCCCAAGCACAUCCAGUCGCGAUUUGGAUAGUAUAAGUAGCAUCCGCGCCCGCAAACACACGCAGAAAGUGGGAAUU